CUCCUCCAACACUCGUAACGGGACUAAAACACCUUCUCCUUCUCGGUUUGGUUUCUCUUCAACGGCAUCCUCCGCUUUUAAAAAGGUAAAACAACGGCAAGAAAGCCCUCCACAUCUCUUUUACCUUUUUAUUCACUCUUUAGGUUUAAAUUCUAUUCCGGCGAAUGGAGAGAGCGCUCGUGGAAUUGUUUGACGCAGCCAGGAAAGCCGCGGAUUUGGCUGCCGCCGCCGCCUCCGAUGCCGUUUCCUCCAAGGGUCCCGAAGUUUCUAGAUGCGUCGACGCCUUGAACCAGCUCAAGACUUUCCCUGUCACUUACGACAUUCUUGUUUCUACUCAGGUUGAGAGAAAGCUUCGACCUCUCACAAAGCAUCCUACGGAGAAGAUUCAUAGAAUGGCUUCAGAUUUGCUGGAGUUAUGGAAAAAAAUUGUUAUUAAAGAGGCUUCCAAGGGUAAGAAAAAUGGCACUGCUAGUGCUGUCAAGGUUGAGAAAAAGGAAGCAGAUGGAAAUACAGCAAUGGCUGAGAAGAUAAAUCUCGGAGAGACUGGUAAGAUUAAGAAGAUUUAUAUCGACGGGAAAACAAAGGCGAAGAGUGCUCCAAAGUUGAUGACAUUGGUCAAAUGUAAUGAUCCUUUGCGUGAUAAAUUUCGGGAGAUUCUAGUAGAGGCCUUGUCUAAAGUUCCCAGUGAGACUGAUGAAGACAUGUUGGAUCAAGUGAACGCUUGUGAUCCCAUCUGGGUUGCGGUAACUGUGGAAUCUGUGAUGUUCAGGAAGAUGGGUAAAUCAAAUGACACCAACAAGAUUAAAUAUAGAUCGAUAAUGUGCAACAUGAAGGAUCCGAAAAAUCCAGACUUAAGGAGGAAAGUUCUUCUAGGAGAAGUGAAUCCGGAAAGGCUUAUCACUAUGACCCCAGAAGAAAUGGCCAGCGAGCAAAGGCAACGCGAGAAUAAAGAAAUAAAACAAAAAGCUAUAUCUUAUUGCGAGCGUGAUGCUGCACCAAAGGCUACAACCGAUCAAUUUAAGUGCGGUCGUUGUGGUAAACGGGAAACCAGUUACUAUCAAAUGCAGACUAGGAGUGCAGAUGAACCUAGGAUAACAUACGUAACGUGUGUAAACUGCAACAACCAUUGGGAAUUCACUAGUGCUGUGAUUGUGAAGAUGUAGGGUUGAUAAUCUUGAUAAGUUAAAAACAAUCUUUCAUUCAUAUAUAUUUUUCUACUACACGAACUAAGGGAUAACUAGGUAUUGAGCUUUGGAUGCAAUCAGAGAGGCUCAUGUUGGCUAUAUUUCAUAUAUCGUGCCAGUCCCUGGCUAUAAAAGGCUUUUCAUGUGAAGUGCUUAAUGGUUGUCUUUUUUCACCAUAACAGCUUGGGAUUUAUUCAUUUGCAAAGGGUAGGGUAGUUGUAGAAUUAGGCUUCUUAGGGUAAGUUUGGAUGAACGGUGCGUUUACUAGCUGUUAGUGUAAAAACAGAAGUAGCGGUGAAAUUAGAUAUUGUAGCGAUACUGUAGCGUGAGACAAAAAGUAAGCUAAACGCAUCGCACCGCACCGCACCCAAUCGUCCAUCUAAACCCACUCUUAGUUUACCAACAACAAUGCAAGCCAUGUUUUUUAAUUUU